AUGGCAACACCAGAGCAGGCAGUACAACAAGGAUUAGCAGGAAACACAAUGGAAAUAAAAUUCGACCCGCUAAAAUUCAUCAGCAGAAUGGGUGAGUAUAAUGGUGAAAAUACAGCCGAACUUGUACAAUUUGUGAACAAAGUGGAAUUAUUGCUAAAUAGUAUGAGCAAUUAUUCUAUACAAUCGCAAAAAUUCAUAGUAUUACAAAUUCGUGACAAAAUUGUCGGUAAAGCGAAUACCACACUAUUAAGGUAUAGUAUUGAUACCGCGAAUUGGAGUGAGAUUAAAAGAGUAUUAAUCGAAACCUUCAGCGAAAGAAAUACUUUUCUACAAUUACAUGAGAAAGCAGAAAAGGUGGUUCAUAAAAAUAUUACGCAAACGUAUAACGAAUUGUCAAAUAUAUUAACGCGAAUGAAUAAUAAAUAUCAUCUAUCGACAGAAAGAUCAAUAGAUAGAACACCGGAAAGUAACGAGGAAUCAGUUUUGAAUUUAUUUAAAGAAAAGAUACCGAUUAAUGCAGCGAGUAUUAUCAUAUCGCGAAACAUAACUACUUUAUUUGAAGCUUACAGGUUAUUAAAUUGAACAAUUGGACACGGUUUGAUAGUAAGUAUAAAAAUUUUAGAAACACUUCGAAUUUCAACAAGGGAAAUUACGCGAAUGCAAACAGAAAUAACCAGCAAUACAACAAACACAGUGGUCAAUCUGGAAAUUUGA